AUGGCUUCUGCGUCGGCAUUCAAGCAGCCCAAGGGUUUUUGGCACGGUCAGAUCGCAGAGGCGGGAGAAUUCCCAGCAGAGAAGGGACGAUACCACCUAUAUAUUGGUCUCUUCUGCCCCUUUGCGCACCGAGCGAACCUCAUUCGACACCUCAAAGGUCUUACGGAAAUCGUCGACAUCUCGAUCGUGAGACCCUAUCCCAAGGGAGACGACAAGGGUUGGCCGGGUUGGAAAUUCCCUACCGCGGAGGAUCCAUACGAGGGUGCCACGGCAGACCAGCUCUUCGGGAGCGAAUACCUGCAUGAAGUCUACUUCAAGGAGAAGAAGGAUUACGAAGGGAGAUACAGCGUUCCCGUGGUAUGGGAUAAAAAGACGAACCGACUCGUCAACAACGAGAGCUUGGAGAUACUGCGGAAUUGGAAUACCGGCUUCGACUCCAUCCUGCCGGACGAGUACAAGAAUCGCGACUACUAUCCCGCAAGACUGCGCGAGAAGAUCGACGAGAUUGGAGCGUGGAUGCAAGCGGAUCUCAAUACGGGAGUGUACAAGGCAGGCUUCGCCCCGACCCAGGAUCUCUAUGACGAGAACGUAGUCCCUGUAUUCCGGGCUCUGAACCGGCUGGAGAAGAUCCUAGAGGAGAACGGCGGUCCGUACCUUCUGGGACCCGAUCUGACCGAGCUGGAUCUGCAACUCUACCCCACGCUCAUCCGCUUCGACACGGUUUACGUACAGCACUUCAAAUGCAACCUGGGAACGAUACGGCAUAACUACCCGCUCUUGAACGAGUGGAUGAAGAACCUAUACUGGAAUGUCCCCGGCUUCAAAGAGACGACAGACUUCCGCCACAUCAAAGAAAACGCACGUAUCCCCAUUUCCCCCCGUGUUUUUGUUCAUUGA